ACGCGGUGACUUCUGCAGGAGUCGUCCACGCGGUGACCCAGGCCUGCUCCUCGGGGAACCUCACUGACUGCUCCUGCGACAUGAGCAAGCAGGGCCUGUCCACGCCCGAGGGAUGGAAGUGGGGGGGAUGCAGCGACAACCUCCGCUUCGGCAUCCAGUUCGCACGGCAGUUCGUCGACGCCCCGGAGAAGGAGAGCCACAAGAAGUUCAAGAGGGUGAGGAACCUGAUGAAUCUACACAACAACGAGGCUGGCAGGGAGGCAAUUUCAAGACUGAUGAAGAUGCAGUGUCGGUGCCACGGCGUCUCUGGGUCGUGCGAGCUGAAGACCUGCUGGCGGUCGAUCCCCACCUUCUCCGCGGUCGGCGACUACCUGAAGGACAAGUACAACGGCGCCAGGCAGUACAAGCGCAAGAAGAGGAGCCGCAGCUCGCGAAGGCGGGACCGAUCCCGCGGCCGCCGCAAGCGCCGCAGUCGCCGGAACCGCCGCUUCCCCGUCGGCAAGGACGAGCUGGUCCACAUCCAUAAAUCCCCGAACUACUGUGAAGGACCCAAGAAGGGCAUCCUGGGAACGCACGGACGCUACUGCAACAAGACCUCGAGGGGCGCCGACUCGUGCGACCUUCUGUGCUGCGGCCGAGGCUACAACACGCAGGUGGUGCGAUACGUGGAGCGCUGCCACUGCAAAUUCGUGUGGUGUUGUUACGUCAAGUGCAAGACGUGCGUCACAAACGUCGAUGUCCACACUUGCAAGUAAUGCUACAGGCAUAGCAUUACGCCAACGGCAAGCAUCCUGUAGUACAUAAGGAAGGAGAUCCGUCAUCGAUAUCAAAAUCUACCCUUCAAAAACAUCCCAAAAUGAGAAGCUGUCUGGAGGUGAAGAGAAGGUGCUUCGCGGAGUCCAUUUUUCCGUCGUCUCCUCUACCUGUCUGUGUCUGAGGACUUCACCGGGCGCAGGGAGGAGCCAGGGCCAGGAGGGAAGUGUGGUGAUGAGGCGGGAAAUGAGAAGUGAAAGGGAAAUGCUGGCGACGUGGAAGAUCCCAGUCGCCAUCUCUCUUUGCAGGAUAGAAUCGAAUAAAAAAAAAGGAAUCGCGGAGAAACGCUUAUGUUUUAAACCUUGAGGCUUAUGAGAAAAAGGUAAUCUGGAGAAAGAGGACAUUUUAUAUAUAUUUUUAUUUACACAUAUAUAUAUAUAUCUUAGAUGCCGGUGACUCCGAUAUUGGAUUUUGUUUAUCAUUCGUACAUGUAAGAAUAUCUCUGCUGUGUGAAAAAUUAUACUGGAAAGGGAAGUAAUCAAACUGACAAACUUUACUGUACAGUAUUUCGCUUUUGUUAUAAGUGUAUAGACGCGCUAUCCAAGUACUCCAGAGGCCUAAGUUGAUAAAAGAAUUACGUAUCCCUUAAUCUUUUAUUAGACAGAGGCACAGGAAAGAGAGAGAGAAAAAAAUAGACUUGAAAUCAACCAGAGAGUAAGCAUGUAGAUUGGGUCUAAGAACAUUGCGUUAAAACUAGUUUCUUUUAAAUGGAGAUUAAAAGCUGUGAGUAUUUCACAGCAGAUUCCUUAGGAGGAAAAGCACAGUCGUGUAGACGUCUUCAGAAAGAACACUACACGCUAUGGAAAUGGAACUCCUUAUCUCACACCUUUUUAUGUUUUUAUGUAGAAAGUUUUGCAUAAUAACCAAGCUUCUCAGUAAGAAUUGGUAACUUAUUACUAAUUUCCUGGUGAACUUGAAUUUAUUCAAACUUUCCUUCUCUUUUAGAUGGCCAAGUUGAUAAAAGUACUUAGGAGAAAAUGUUUUAUUGUACAAAUUAGAUUUUUUUCUUUUUGGAAUAAUAUAUUUACAUCUUUCACACCUUACAAUUGUCGGGUAAGGCUAUAUAGUAGUGGAAAUGUACUGUUUAUUGUAUGUUAUGUUUCUUUUUGAAUAUAGAAAAAUAUAUUUGUGGCAGUCGUUUGGAAGUUGCAAGAUUAAUGCAUCUGUAUAUGGACAGAUUUUUUUCAUGUGGAUGCUUUAUAGUAGAGAUAAAACAUAAUCAAAUGCAGUAUUGAUCAAAUUAAACGUCCAGACUUAGAGAUUUCUUUUAAUUAAGAUAAUAUUUGAAACAUGUUUGGUGAAUUGUACUGCAAUAAGAUUACAUGUAUGCUACAUAAAGAAUUUUAGCUAUAAUUGGAUAUAUUACCUCAAUAUUUAUGGUGUGUUUUAUGUAUAUAGUGUCUCUUUUCAUUAUCAGUUGUAGUUUCAUAAACUAUGCUGCGUUUGUAUAUAGUGAUCUUUUGCUUUUCUUUUCUUUCUCGUAUAUCUUUUAUAAUUAUUUUUGCCAGAAUCAAAGUAUUUAGUAAAGGGAUUGACAAAUUCUAGCUUAUUAGCUUAAGGCUUCUUUUGAGAGAGAUUUAAAAAAAAAGAAACAUUGUAGAUUACUGAGACGCUGCCAUUAGUGUUAGGGAGGGAAGAAUAUCCACCUUUUAGUCUGGCAAAAGACUAGAAUAGUCAUCCCUGAACUCGAAUGUAGAUCACCAGAUACAAAAAAAUAUAAAUAUUUCUUUUUUUCUUCUUGGUGUUAAUAAAAAAUCUGUUAUUUUA